AUGGAUGCUUUCACUUAUAAUGAAAAGGUGGUAAAUCUUCGUUCAGAGUUGGAACGGCUAGGUAAAGAGAAUGAAAAUCUAAGACUGUUGAUAGAAGUAAUGAGCAAUGGGAAAAGAGGGAGGACCAAAGUUUCAGUCAUCAAGCCUUCACAGAUAUUUGUGAGAACCGACCCAAACGAUAAGAGCUUGAUAGUGAAGGAUGGAUUUCAAUGGAGAAAAUAUGGGCAGAAGGUCACUAAAGAUAAUCCAUCACCUCGAGCUUAUUACAGAUGUUCAAUGGCUCCAUCUUGCCCAGUCAAAAAGAAG